GUGACGAGCCCCGUCGCGCGCACCGUGCGCAACAGGCAGUACGGCAUCCGUGGGGACGAGAAAUGGCAGCUGCUGGCCACUGGCGCUGCCAGCUUCCUCUUGGUAGCGAGCCUGGGGAUGUGGCAGCUGAAGAGGAUGAAGUGGAAGAAGGAACUGAUUGAGAUGCGGCGCCAGCGUUUGGCCAUGCCUCGCAUCCAGGUCACGGGCAGCCCCUUUCCGUGGAAGGACCAGGUUCCAGACUUCAUCUACCGCGUGGUGGAGGUCCGUGGGGUCUUUGACCACAACAAUGAGAUGCACGUCGGCCCCCGACCCGGAGCCGACGAGUCGGGUGAGACCACCCCGGGAGUCCUCGUGGUGACGCCACUGCGCCUGGAGGACGGGUCCACGGUUAUGGUCAACCGCGGACAUUUGCCUGCCCACCGCCUCGACCGGGCCACCCGUCCUGAAGUGCCCACAUGGGUCCGAGUGCGCGGAGUCCUCGAGGAGGGGGAAAUUCCGAAUUUAAUCGGAAGGUAUGCUCGAGUCAAGAACCGGCCCGACAAGAACCAGUUCCUCUACCUCAUCGCCCCGGAGUUGGCCGAGAACGCCAAUGCCCGGAAUCACGAAGAGUGCAGCCAGGCUCUGGUGACGGCCAUUGACGAAGGAGCUCACGGACAGUUCUGCCCACGGCGCCUUGAGAGACGCAGCCCGGCAGGCUUUCCAGAGCCUGCGUUUGCCUUGAAGCCUUCGAGCUCGGCAGCAGAUUGGGCCAUGAAUCGCAACAAAGCUCUUCUCGAUGCUCUCAUGGGCGCCAACCGCGAUGCUUCCAAAAAGGAUAAGCUCAACAGUGAGCCUGAGUUCAAGAAGGACGAUUACUGCAAGUUCUUCCUUGUUGGGUACUGCCCGGGGAAAACAUUGGGCCGAGAAGUCGAGAGUCUCCGGGCGGAGUUUGACCCCAAGAGCGUGAUCCCUCCCUGUAACAAGCUCCAUUCGAUCGGAGUCAGAGAGGAGUUCAAAGCCCACAAAGACUAUCAGAAAUAUAAACGUAGAUAUGAGGAUGAUCUCCUCCAUCUUAUCGACAAAGGCAUCAGAGAAGUUGAGGACAAGGUGGCACGAGAAAAGCGCAGGCAUGCUGAGGGCAUCGCAGUCAUGACGGACCAGGACCGGCUCUGCGAGAUCUGUGGCCUGAAGUACAAGCUCCGCUUUGCGGACAUCAACGUUCGAGAAACCGAGGGAGGGAAGUACAAGCCCGACAUCCACCCGGAGUCCGAUUACCACAAAAACUACGUCAAACUGCGAGAAAAGCAGAUUGAGUACGAAAAAAUUAUCAAGGCGCGGUCAGAUGGAGAUGACAAAGCGAAAGACAAGGACGAGAAAAAUGGAGACCGAGAUCGGGACAACGGUGGGCGCAGCGGCUCUCGCCGCCCUCGCGACGAUGACGACCGUCGCCGCGACCGGGACGAUGACGAUCGCGACCGCAGGGAUCGAAGCCGUCGAGACCGUGGUCGCAAUAGGGACGAAGACGACCGCGACCGCAACGGGGAUCGAGACCGGAGAGACCGUGGUCGUGACCGCGAUGACCGCGAUCGCCGAAGCAGCAGGAGGAGCCGUGAUGCUCGUGAUGAUGAUCGAGAUAGGCGUCGCAGAAGUGCAGACGGGGACCGUCGCCGCCGCUCCUCCGACAGAAGCCGUAGCCGCCGACGCUGA